UUCCUAAAAAUACAUAUAAAAUGGGUGUGUUGGUUUCCAAACCUGGAGCUCAGUAUUGAUUGGGUUUGAAGAAUGGCAACUUGUUGUGAGGAAGCAAAUGGGGGGAAGAAAAUUGUAAUAACAGGAGUGAGCCAAGGAUUGGGACGAGCAUUGGCAUUGGAGUUGGCAAAACGCGGCCACACUAUAAUCGGUUGUUCCCGCACCCAAAACAAGUUAGACUCCCUUCAGCAACAACUCUCCAAUUACUCCUCACCCAAUCAUCUACUCCUCAAGGUUGAUGUGAGGUCAGAUGAGAGCGUUGAAACGAUGGUCCGUACUGUAAUCCACAAAUUUGGAGCUCCAGACAUAAUUGUAAACAAUGCAGCUACAAUCAAUAAGGAGAAUGCCAAGAUUGGAGACAUUAGUAGAGAAGAGUUUGAUGAUAUCAUUGACAUAAAUGUGAAGGGGACAGCUAAUGUAUUGCGUCACUUUAUUCCUCUUAUGAUUCCUAGAAACCAAGGGAUCAUUGUGAAUAUAAGUUCUCUAUUUGGAAGGAUGGGAGCUCCGCUGGUUUCACCAUAUUGUAGUUCAAAGUGGGCGGUUGAGGGCUUAAGCAAAUCGGUAGCAAAGGAGUUGCCAAAUGGAAUGACAGUUGUGGCAUUGGAUCCUGGCCUUAUAUACACUGAAAUGCUUUUGUGUAGCCUGGGCAAGGUCGCUUCUAAUUGCCAAUCUCCCCAGGAAUGGGCUUUCAAGGCGGCUUCAAUGAUUCUAAAUUUUACAAAUGCUUAUAAUGGUGCAUCUCUCACGGUUGAAGACCCAGGCACUCUGCCAACCUAAUAAUUUCUCAUACCCUUUUUAGUCAUUGUCCUUUAGAAAAGUCUCAGAGUAAUGUAUUUGAAACAACAUGCAAUUUCAUUACCUUGCUUCUUUUGUAUUAUUAUUGAACCUUUCCAUUGUUAUUUCCUUACAAAUGC